AUGACCGUGAUUAAGGUCGCAUUGACACAAACGACCCAGUUCAAAUCGACCUAGCGUUUUUCUCUGCGCCUAGUAUGUAUGUAUUCGCUGUGAUACGGGAACCAAACUAUUCGAAUCGUCUGUAUGGUUGCUUUGCGUACAUUUUGAUUUACUAAUUUUGUUUUAAGAGUACAUUGUGUUCGAACUAUUGAUGUUAAACGCUUGGUAUAGGUAAAAGUGAUACAGAUUUAAAUGUGGUAGGAUACUUUUAACGCACGUAACUAUGUAGGAGCCUUGUAAUUGCUAACAAUGGUUGCUGGAACUCUUUUUAACAUCCAAACUGCGAUGUCUGAAAAGCCGAAGAAAAAGGAAAAAUACGGCUCAGGCAACAAUGAACAUAUACUGUGUCGAGUGUGUGGGGAUAAAUCGUCUGGAUUCCACUAUGGGGUCUUCUCGUGUGAAGGCUGUAAGGGAUUCUUUAGACGUACUGUCCGACAGAAAAUGGAAUAUAAAGCCUGCGAGAAUCCGAAAGGUUGUUUAAUCAUGAGAAUCAGCAGGAAUCGAUGCCAGUAUUGUCGUCUUCAAAAAUGUAUCUCCGUGGGCAUGUCACACGAAGCUGUGCGACUCGGCAGGUGCCCAAAGAAAGACAGACCAGCGAAGACGAGUUUUAUGUACAUGCCAAGAGACUCCACCACGGACCUGGACCGGCAGGUUCGAACCGAACAAAUGGUACUUACAGUGCAUGCAGCAUUUAGGAAAGCUUGCGAGGAUUUUGAUGAUUUUGCUGCAUUAUUCACUGAUAAAAAUAUAAUCAUUCAGGAAAAGUCAGACGCCAAACAUUUGUACUUCCGGUAUUUACCGGGAACUGUUCGAUUUAUAACAGCGUUCGCUAAAGAAAUUCCCUUGUUCAAAUCUUUAACCGAACACGAUCAAAGACUACUAAUAAAAAGUGGAAUUUUAGAAAUUUCAACCAUUAAUGACUCGUUAUAUAUGGAAUUGGAAGAGGACAAUUUUGUGAGCAAUAAAUUGAAUAUAACUGUCCGCAAAGACAAGUUGGACGAUAUAGGACUACUAGGGAAUAUGUUCAGAGACAUUUGCAGCGUGAUCGGAAAACUUCGAAAGCUAAAUUUUACAGACGUAGAACUUUCACUUUUGUCUGCUAUUGUGCUCUUCUGUCCAGAUCGUGAAGGUCUUGCGCACAAUGUUGCUCUUGAAUCCAUGGAGACGGAUUUAUGUAUCGCACUAAAAUGUCAAUUGAUUUUGAGCCAUGGUGAUGGGACAAUUAUUUUUGCAAAAGCUGUAGAAAUUUUAUGUGAUUUACGCAGGAUCUCUACUUUAUACCUGGACGGUAUUCUCAACUCACAUGUUGAAAUUGACAGCGAGUCUUCAAGCUGACCCCAGUGUACUCAUGUAAUACUGGAGAAUAUCGUGUGCUGUUAUUAGACAAUAAAAGGAAUAAAGGGCCAAAAUAUCAUGAACAUAUGUGGACAAUGGUAUAUGGGGUUUAAUGAAGAAAUCGUGAGUUAUCACGGUGCAAUAUUUAUUGAUAUUCAACUCUUAUAUUUUGUUAAAAUAUGUACGUAUGUAAUUAAUGUAUGUAAUGGAACGUGUAAGAACGGUAGGGGUGGAGAAUAAUCAUAAAGGACAAGACUUCAUUGCGUUUGCCACUCCUGUUUAUAUGUAUGAAAUAUGAGAGCACUAAUAUACAUUUAAUAUCUGGAAUAACAAACACUAACAAAUUAAUUCUUACCUAUGAUAACGUUGCCAAGGUUUAAAGUGAGAACAGCUCAUAAGCUGGCAAAGGGAUUCCAAUUUUCAAAAUACAGUCAAACACGUAAGUAAAGGCCAUCUAAAGGAAGAUCAUAAUGACCUUUAUAGACAAGGUGGUCUUAAUUUGGAGUUUAAGCUGUUGUACUUUUAUCAAUGAAGGUUUAUCAUGGAGUGGUAUUUAUUUGCAGGGUGGUAUUUACUCGGAGGUGGUC